CGCGCCAGAAUUUGACAAGAAGUGUGGAACAUUUGGAAUACACCGCCUGCCAUUGGGUUUUAGGUUCUUUAGGCCAGCAUGAGCUGCAUUCCUUCUUCAUACAGUAUGACCACCAUUCUUAGUCCAGUAGAGUCACAGAUGGAAGAGAAUUCAGGUCAGAGAAGAGGGAGUCGAGUCUACCAGAUUUUUCCAGAAGUCAAUACGGAUGAAGACUCAGAAACUUAUCCUGAUGACUUCAUGUACAAUAGGGAGCGUCUCCCAUCUAUUGUUGUGGAGCCCACAGAGCUCAGUGAGGAGAUCAAGGGUGAGCACUUGCUUCCUCAAGGUUACAUGGGCAACAGUGUGGAACAACAAGAUGAGGAGGACAGCACAGCUGAUCAGACAGAGGACUUAGUGGAUGGAGAGCAGCAGGAGGACACUGGGACAGAAGGCAGUCCUGUUUACAGGAAGGCUUCUAUUGGACCCUCCCAAAGUCAACUAUCUCUCUCCCGACUGACCCCACCUGCUUCUCCAACACCCCCUGACCGUGAGGCUGCCCCGCCCAGCCUGAGGAGUUGAACCAGUGCAACCAGUAUGCAUUGCCACCACAACAGAUGAAGUGUAAUUUGUGCAUCUCUGAUUAUGCCAAUAAGAGGGAAAAUCUUUUGUGAAUGUUGCUUUCACAUGUACAUAGAUUUGGACCAAAUACGGUCCAUUUACAGUUGGUCUUCAUCUUUACCUUCUUAGCAUAGCAGAUAUUGUUUAUUAACCCUCAAGUGA